CUCUAAAAUCCUUCUUCUCUUCUCUUUCUCUUUCUCUUACCAAACCAAAACACAACCAAAUUCCCACUUCAUCUCUCACAUUAUUCUAAAACUCCCUUCAUCCAUGAAAAUUUCUCAUCCAAAUUCCUCCUUCACUUCCACUUCAACCACCACCGCCGAUGGACUUCCACCGCCGCCGCACAAAAUCAUUAACAGAUCCGAUUCCACUAACCCAUACCCCACCACUUUCGUCCAAGCCGAUACCUCCUCCUUUAAACAAGUUGUUCAAAUGCUCACCGGCUCGCCGGAAACCGCCAAGCAAGUUUCUACUCCAGACCCACCUUCCAAAUCCCACAUCCCUCCCAUUAAAUCCAUUCCCAAACGCCAACACUCAAGUUUCAAGCUCUAUGAGCGAAGAAAUGCCCUUCAUAACCUCCAAAUCAUCAACCCUGUUUUUGCCUCCUCUGUUUCUUCUCCCAGAAAUAUCCAUAACCACCCUGAAAUUCUCUCUCCCAGUAUGCUGGAUUUCCCGUCGCUGGUCCUCAGCCCUGUGACGCCGCUCAUUCCCGACCCAUUUGGCCGAUCGCAGCCCUUGAAUUCUGACCCGGCGAACAAUGUAAAUUGUAGUAAUUCGGGUUUGGAUGAAGAUGCAGAGGCUAAAGCCAUUAGAGAAAAGGGGUUUUAUUUGCACCCUUCGCCGGCCACCACCCCCCGAGAAUCGGAGCCGCAGCUUUUGCCUCUUUUUCCGAUCACUUCCCCUCCACGACCAGGUCCACCUCCCCCUUCUUCUUCUUGAAUUCAAUGCCAAUUCAGCUAUUAAUUUAUUUAAUGUCCUUCAUUUUUUUUUUUUUUUUUACAUUUUAAUUUAAUGACUUUGGAGUUUGUAUCGGGAAUGAGGUUUAUUUGCAUCGAAUUUGAAUGAAAAAUCCCUUGCUCCAAUUGUAAAAUUCGACCGUUUUUCUCUCUUUUUUUUUUCCUCCCUUCCCCUCAAAUAUUUUUAGAAUUAAUAAUGAUUAAAAAAAGCAUAUUUAAUUCUCUAUGAUUUGUUUUGUUUGAUUAAGUGAAAAAAUGGAUUGAGAGAGAGAGAGAGAGAGAGAGAGAGAGAAUAAAAGGAGACAGCUUUGGGGUAGUCGUCAAAGAGCGUAGAAUAAUGAAUAAGCAACAUUGACACAAUUGUUUUGUGCGAGAAACACAAUGCCAAGAAUCCAAUUUUCAAUGAUAAAAAUUAUUCUCUCACUGUGUUGAUCCUUUUUUUCUCUAAAAGAUAAUUAAUACAAGCAAAAUUUUCGAAAGAUAAUUACCAUUCAAUUUGAAAUGGGUCCAUCCAUAAUUAGUCAAUAAUAUAUCAAUAAAGCCUAAAUAAUAAUAUGCAAGCGGAUAUGUAUAAUAUGAAUUAAAAAUCGAGCCCUUCGCUAAUUCGACUCAUCUCAAAAGUCUUUGAUAUAAUGUUGAAUUAAAAAAAAAAAAAAAGAACAAUGAAAAGACGUAAAGAUAAUUAAAUGGAAAACAUGGGAAUAAGAUAGAAAUAGUAAAAAAGAAAAAAAAGUAUUGAGAAUUUAGUAGUUGGUUGUUUUAAAUUUAAUUAAUUAAUUAGCGUUAUUGGUCAAAAUGAGGUGGGUGGAUCUGUGAGGAUGUCUAAUAAAUUUUUAGUCUGCUCGAGUACAGAACUCAGCCAUAAAUUAUAAUAAGGUACUUUGAAAGUCACAUUAAUUAAUUAAUUAAAAUUAUUAUUUUUUAAAAAUUUCGAAAGUGACCCUCCCAAGAACUAAAAUUGGUCCAGUGAUUGAAUUGAAUGAAGGUCAAGGUCCUUGAUUGCAAAACCUUUGAGUCGCUCUCUUCUCCAGGCACUUUGUACAAAGGCGGCUCUCUCUUCUCUUAUUUUUCCUUCUAAAAUGAAAAUAAAAAUAAAAAUAAAAAUAAAAGUUUAAUAACUUUGAAACCUGUCCUAUUUUGUUCCCACAAUUAUUAAAAAGUCUUUACUUCCCUCUCUACUAUUUAAAUUUUGUUAAUUUUUAAAUAAAAUAAUGAGAUGAUUUAUUUUUUGAUGACUAAAUUACCAAAUAAGUGUUU